UAAAACUCUGGAUUGUAGGGAGGACAGUAAAAAAGAUAGCUAACUGUAUGUUGAUACCUUAAAACUCUGGAUUGAAGGGAGGACAGUAACAGAAAUGUAUAACUGUAUGUUGAUACCUUAGAACCCUGGAUUGAAGGGAGCACAGUAACAGAGAUGUAUAACUGUAUGUUGACAAACCGUAAACGUACAUUAAUGAAUGAGUGAUAAAUGAGAUUAAGAACCUAAAUGAGAAGGUUAGCUAUCGACUAAUAAUUUUUGAUCAUUUCACUAAAGACUCUAACUAUCUUUAUUAAAAAUUCUUAGUGUUAGUAUUGUAUUAACAAGUUUUGUAACUUUCAUGUAUGAAAUGAAAUAUUAUCAAGUUCUUAAUGCUAACAUUUGUCUUUUGUAACAGAAACAAGUUCUUUGCCUUCCCACGAAGAGAAGCUGGGAAUUUCGAGAAUUCUAUCAAGAUUCUUGUCAGAACACUCAAACAAUGGAUCUGCAGGCUACACUGGAUUGCUGAGAACAUUCCCAACAGAAACCGUUUCUCUUAACGAUGAUACAAGUAACUUUAGCAAGCAAGACGCCCAAGAGAACUAUUUUCUCCCCAGUGAUUAUAUGUUAGACAUGAACAACCACUUAAGAACAAGACUGGACACCAACAGCUCACAACUACUUUAUGAUACAAGAUUGCACCAAAAGAAUGAUGACAGUUUAAUAAUUGGUAAGCAAGCCCAGCGGCACUCACAACAUGCUUCAGACGUUACUGACCUAAAAUAUAUGGGAAACAAGAACCCAAAGGUUGAAGUAAAUAAAAUAAGUUUUAGAAUAGCCGAAGAAAGUUUAUCUCAACCCAAGGAGAGAACCAGAAGGAAACAAGAUGGGAACCAAGAGAUAACUUUAUCUGGUCAUAGCAUUAGCAGAAAUACACUGGACACUUUAAACGUAUAUAGCAAAAACUUUUCUCGUUCAGCCUCAUCAGGAGAAACAGAUGAGAGUGGUGGUUUCAAUACUGGGACCUUGGGAUAUAAUGAUAAUCCAUUUUCACCUAAUUUAUUCACUUCUCGUGAAGAUGUAGAUAUAGAAUUUUUCACCGAGAUUUUCAUGUCUGAAGAAUCGUCUUCGAGACGUCAAAAAUACGUUUCAAAACAAACCAAAUCCAAAAGAGAUACCUACAUUAGUCAACGAACAGAAGACACAAUGAUAAAACACUCACAAAAGAGGAACCUCACUGGAGUCAGUAAUGAAGAACCUCGUCAGUGGAUGUCACCCGAUCAGCUUGACUUGGAAAACCCUUCUUUAGAUAACAACAUGGACAAACUGGAGAACUUUGAUUCGGUUAUAAUUUGGACUGAAAGUGUGGAUGGUACCGAGAACUCUACAAGGAUAGGGAAUGUUGACAACGAUCUGUCAACAAGUCACACAAAAAACAGAACAAAUCAUCGACUUGAUACUUUAACGAGCACUUUAAGUAAUAGUGAACCAGUGCGGACUGAAAACUACAGUUUUUUUCUUGAUGGUUCCACCUCAGAUUCAUCAGAGGGGAAUAUUACAAGCAUUGGAAUCAAAACAACAGUUUCUGUUUCAUUAAACCUCUCGAAGGUUGUUUCUGAUAAUGAAAAUAUCACAAACACCAGAAAAGCGAUCUUACAGAAUGAAAGUAUCAGAAACACAGAACAAAUCGUUUCCGACGAUGAAACUAAGAACCAAACAGUCGAAGUUGUUUCUCAUGACGACAAUAAGAACCAAACAGAUCAAGUUGUUUCUGAUGACGACAAUAGAAACCAAACAGAUCAAGUUGUUUCUGAUGACGACAACAUGAACCAAACAGAUCAAGUUGUUUCUGAUGACGACAAUAGGAACCAAACAGAUCAACAUAUUUCUCAUGACGACAAUAAGAACCAAACGGAUGAAGUCAUUCUUCACGACGACAAUAAGAACCAAACGAAUCAAGUUGUUUCUGAUGACGACAAUAAGAACCAAACAGAUCAACAUAUUUCUCAUGACAACAAUAAGAACCAAACGGAUGAAGUCAUUCUUCACGACGACAAUAAGAACCAAACAGAUGAAGUUAUUCUUCAAGACGACAAUAAGAACCGAACGGACGCAGUCAUUCUUCAAGACGACAGUACUAAUGAACAGGUAACUUUAUCGAAACAUUCAGCUUACACCGAAGAGCCAACAAAAACAGCAAGAGAAGAUGGACUGAACGAUCCAGCCAGCACAUUAACUUCGACAAUACAUUUUCUAGUACCUGUAUCACAGAGAACCAAGGGUGUUACUACACAUCACACUACCGAGAUCCCUAAAUAUCCAACAACAAAGGAGGAGACCACCAUACGAUCUACAAUAUAUAAUUUAACGUCGACUACAACAAUGUCCCCCCGCACAGCAAUUACUUCAGACCCUCUCAUGGCUGUAGUUCGAAUAGCAGGUGCCUUGAAAAUUAUCAGAGGUAUCAGCUGGAAGAUAGAACUUACCAGAAGAUACACGGAACAUUACAUUAGUCUUUCCUCAACAUUAAAGAACUUGGUAUGUCAUUUCAUUUCCUUAUAUUAG